CUUUGGAAGUUCAUUCAGUCACAGUAAAGGCACAUUUUUAUUAUAUGUAUGACCUUAUUCUCAUCUUAAUCCUCAAAGUGACACAAAGUGUGUGAUCAAUGGCAGAGAAAAUUUGUGAAGGUGCUGCUGAGUCUCCAACUACCCCAGUUGGAAGACAGGCACCAGAGGGUCAAAGAGUGAAAGCCACGAGGCACCCUCGAUGGACAAGACAAGAAACGCUCGUUCUCAUAGAGUCCAAGAAAAUGGUAGAAAAUGGAGAACAAAUUUGCAGGUUCAGAUCAGCCUCGGGGUUCGUUCAAAGCGACCCCAAAUGGGACAUGGUGUCAACGUUGUGUCAGCAGCGUGGCGUGAAGAGAGGGGCAGUUCAGUGCAGGAAAAGGUGGGGCAAUCUCCUCACUGAUUUCAGGAAGAUCAAGAAGUGGGAGUCAAGUAUAAGGGAAGAGAGUGAGUCCUUUUGGAUCAUGAGAAAUGACGUGAGGAAGGAAAAGAAGCUUCCGGGGUUCUUUGAUUCGGUGGUGUAUAACGUGUUGGAUGGAGGGGUGUGUACCACUGUUGCAUUUCCCUUGACACUGGUUAAGAUGGUGCCGAAAGUGGAGAAUGGUGUGGAGGGAGUGGCUCUGCCUCCGGAGCAGUAUAAUAAGGAGAAUGAGGAUGAGGAGGUGGAGGAGGAGGAGGAAGAUGAGGCCAUUGUUGAUAGUGAGAAAAUGAGUUGGAGCACUGAGGAGGAACACAUGGAGACAAAUGUAACUGGGAAUAUGAUUAAUGGUUUUUUGAAGACACAUGGUUCUAAGGACAAAGGCACACCUGGGAGUCUAAAAAAGAUCAUGCCCAUGCUCACAUUUCCUACUCCAGCAGAUAAACAGCAGCAGCCAUCUUGCCAAGGGAACUACGAUCCAGGGCCCCCACCUCCAGGCUAUCAGAGAGAACCAAUGUUCCAGGAGGGAUACAAGAGAAAGCGGUUAUCAUCGGACAGUAGCGAGGACAGCACAGAUUUCAACAACAGUAUUGCCAAAUUACUAAGAAGGAAUAGUGAUAUACUAAAAGCCCACCUUGGAGCUCAGAACAUAAAUCACCAAUUGGCCAGGGAUCAGCAGAAGCAGCAAACUGACAUCUUAGUUGCAGCCCUUGGAAAGCUCACAGAUGCUCUUACAAAAAUUGCUGACAAGCUGUAAAUGAAUUCACAUCACAAGAAC